AUGGGGGGUCGUCCCCGUCGGCGAACAACCCCGGUGGACCGGGUUUCCUCCCGACACGCUGCUUUGCCAAUCUUUCCCCCCAGUCUCCGCGAGGCCAAUCGCGACACCGUCCGCGAAGCCUUUACCCACGCCUACGAUGCCUACAUGUAUCACGCCUUCCCCGCCGGCGAACUACAUCCCCUUACCUGCACACCGGGAAGUUUUGAUCUCGUGCGGUUGCCCGCACUCACCCUCGUGGACUCCUUGGAUAUGUUACUGCUCAUGGACAACACCACUGAAUUCGCCCGGAGUGUGGAACGAUUGCGCCAGUUGCACACCGCCACACCACUCUUUCGAGUCGAUCGCAACGUUUCCGUCUUUGAAACCAAUAUUCGGGUUCUGGGCGGUCUCUUUACUGCGGCAACGUCAUCGUCUUCCACCACGACCGCCUCCACUUUUCAAUCACAACCUCACAACGGCACAAAAUACUGGCGCUACGAUGGUUGCUUGUUGGAAUGGGCCCUCGAUCUCGGCAAUCGACUUUUACCGGCCUUUCAAACCAAAACUGGCAUUCCCUACGGCACCGUCAAUCUCUUGUACGGGGUUCCCCCGGGUGAAACGCCCGUGGCCAGUUUGGCCGGUGGAGGUACCUUGUCCCUCGAAUUUACUCUCCUCAGCCGUCUAACUGGCGACGACCGUUUCGAAGCGGUGGGCAAACGCGCCACCCGCGGCUUGUUCGCCUUGCGCAACCGACGCACCGAUCUGUUGGGCAAACACGUGGACGUGCAAAAGGGCGUCUGGACCGAAACACUCUCCGGAAUUGGUAGCAAUUCGGAUUCCUUUUUGGAAUACCUGCUGAAACACUACAUACUGUUUCCGGAAGACGGCGACUUUUGGAUCCUCUUUGUGGCCGCCUACUCCGGCGUCUUUCGACACUUGCGCGUGGGGGAGUGGUACGUGGACGCCGAUAUGAACCGCGCCGCCGGUGGUGGUGCCCGGCACGUACUGGAAUCCCUCAUGGCCUUUUAUCCCGGACUCCAAACCUUGUUGGGCGAGCUCGUCCCGGCGGCCCAAUCCCUCAACAGCAUGUUCCUCGUCCGCGAAUGGCUGGGCUUUUUGCCGGAACGCUUUCAUUUCGGCAGCUGGCGACUCGACGGAGGAAUGAGUGGAGCCGGGAAACAUCCUCUCCGACCGGAAUUACUAGAAUCGUGCUACUUAUUGCACAAGGCGACGCAACAAGUGGGCAGCGACAACAACGCCACGGGUACCUCCUCGGGUUGGUUGUGGGCGGCGGACUGGGCCCUGCGGAAACUGUCCGCGGCCCGGACCGAAUGUGGGUACGCCAGUAUAAAGGAACUGCGCACGUUCACGUCAGGGACCACCGAUGGGUCCAGCCACGGAGUGCGGCUCAGCAACGAAAUGCCCAGCUUCUUUCUGAGCGAAACACUCAAGUACCUGUAUCUGAUCUUUGACGAGGACAACAUAUUGCAUCGCGACAAGGAUCGCGAAUGGGUUUUUACCACCGAAGCGCAUCCGAUUCACCACGUG